UGCUGAGAUGCGGAGAAGCUUGGCCCCAAGCCAGGUUGAGAAGCGGAAAUCUGGCAUUGCCAGUGAAGAAGAUAAUCCAUCAAAAAAGCUGAAUCUUGGCAGCAGAGAAAAUGGGACUGUGCUCUCUCCUAGGACAUCUAGAUCUUCUGAUUUGAGGAAGAAAACCCGGCACAUCAGAGGGCCCGGUUAUGACAAAUCAGACUUUAUUUCUCCAUAUCGAAAGCCCCUUGUGGCAAAUGAGAAUACUCCUGUGAAGGUUUCCCCCCUCAGAUCACCAGAUGCCAUUUCUGCUCAUGUGAGAGAUUUAUUUCCCCUUAACACAGUUGUUGCUUGUUUGGGUUAUUUUCUCAGAGUAGCAUGUAAUUUCCCUGAUUUUCCUUUUCAUCAGGAGGAAUUCAUUAGGGAAAUCCUAUCCAAGCCCUUCAAAAUCCCCAUUGCUGGCUAUGAAGGGUCAAGCUUCAGUAGUCGUUCGCUAGGUGUGAGGAGAAGUGGGCCUCGUGUUCCCUUGCACGAUCCUUUCGAGCCUGGUGCCCUUGUGCUUUAUGAACCUCCUCCUCUAUCUGCUCAGGAAAAAAUCUCAAUUGAUCAGGAGAAACAACUUGUCCAUGUUGUGGUUGACCCCAUGCUGUCCAACAUUCUGAGACCACAUCAAAGAGAGGGUGUGAAGUUUAUGUAUGAUUGUGUGACUGGGAACAGAAUAGAAGGUAGCUUUGGCUGCAUCAUGGCAGACGAGAUGGGCUUGGGGAAGACACUGCAGUGCAUCACGCUCAUGUGGACCCUGCUCCGACAGAGCCCAACUAUGAAACCGACCAUCGAUAAGGGUGUCGUCGUCUGUCCUUCAAGCUUGGUCAAGAACUGGGCCAAUGAGAUCACCAAGUGGCUGAAGGGCCGGGUGAAUCCUUUGGUGAUUGACUCUGGUUCUAAAGCGGACAUUGAGCGAAACCUACAGGGUUUCAUGAAUACAUUUGGUCGACGACCAUGCAAGAGAAGAGUUCUGCUCUCUGGAACUCCCAUCCAGAAUGAUCUCCUGGAGUACUUCAGUCUUAUCCAUUUUGUCAAUGAGGGCAUAUUGGGAACAGCCCAGGAGUUCAAGAAACGGUUCGAACGUCCCAUCCUCCGUGGCAGAGAUGCAGAUGCAACUGAUGAGGACCAGAAGAAGGGGCAAGAGAAGCUGGAGGAAUUAGCUGAUCUGGUCAACCGCUGCAUCAUUCGUAGAACAGCAGCCAUCUUGUCCAAGUACCUCCCGGUGAAGAUCGAGCAGGUGGUGUGCUGUCGCCUGACCUCACUCCAGAGUGACAUCUACAAGGCAUAUGUGAACUCUGAUGCGGUAAAGUCCAAGAUGAAUGGUGAUGGGAAGGUGAGCGCCUCCACGCUGGCUGCCAUCACUGUGUUGAAGAAGCUGGUUGCCCACCCUGAUCUCAUUUAUGACAAGUGCCUGGAGAAGGCAGAGGGAUUAUCAAAAGCCAGGCAACUCUUCCCUGAUAAAUAUGAUCCCAAGAGGCUUCAGUGUGAACUGUCUGGGAAACUUAUGGUCCUUGAUUGUCUCCUUGCUGUGAUCAAGAGCACAAGUGAUGACAAAGUUGUAUUAGUCUCAAACUACACUCAGACCCUGGAUCUUUUCGAACGACUCUGUCGUCUGAGGAACUACGUUCAUGUGCGACUGGAUGGAAGCAUGACAAUAAAAAAAAGGGCAAAGGUGGUUGAGAGAUUCAACAAUCCUGAGAGUCCAGAGUACAUCUUCAUGCUGAGCAGCAAGGCCGGAGGGUGUGGCCUGAACCUCAUUGGAGCCAAUCGACUCAUCAUGUUCGAUCCGGACUGGAAUCCGGCGAACGACGACCAAGCCAUGGCACGGGUCUGGAGAGACGGGCAGCGGAAGCCGUGCUUCAUCUAUCGUCUCCUUGCGACUGGUUCCAUCGAAGAGAAGAUCUUCCAGCGCCAAGCUCACAAGAAGGCUCUGAGCAGCUGCAUCGUCGACCAGGAGGAAGACGUACAGAGGCAUUUCUCCCUGGCGGACCUUCGAGAACUCUUCAAGCUUCACGAAGACACCCUCAGUAAUACGCAUGAUAAGUUCAAGUGCCGACGCUGCGUGAACAACGUCCAAGCAAAGCCUCCGCCCGACGACGCGGACUGCAGCUCGGACCUGAGCCUCUGGCAUCACUGCGCGGACAAGAAGCCCCUCGUGGACCGGUGCCUGAAGGCCGUCUGGUCCACGGGGUUCGUCUCGUUCGUCUUCCACCAGAGGUCGCACGAGCGCGCGCUCACGCCCGAGGAGGUCGAGAGGAUGAAGGCGAGGGAGGAGGAGGGAGGCGAGGGAGAGUCGAGGGAGGAGGAGGAAGAAGGGAUCGAGUAGUGGUUGUUGUUGGC